CCCCCUUCUCCGCCCUCUCCUCCUCGCCGCACUGUUCUCGCCCCAUCGCCUCAAUAAAAUACCCGUUGGUGCCUUAGCCAUGCACUAUUAUCAUCAGCUCAGAUAGAGUAAAAGAGGGCUCCCCUUUCAAACAGACGACAGCCCAACCAACCAACCCUGUCCCGCCCACUGCUCAUUUCAACCGUUGGCAUAUCUUUUUUGUCCACCGCUGCUGCUGGAGAAAAAAAAGCUCACGCGGCCCCUUGCCAAUCCCGUAGUCGAUCUUCCUGCUUCCUCUCCCCUCCAUGGUCAAAGCCCUAACAGACCCUCUCUUCGAUCUGUCCGGCCCGCGUUUCGGGCUACCCUUGAUCUUGCUUCUACAUAGUAUAGAAUGCCCUCUUCCCCCCACAAUCGCCGGAUGACCCGAGGCUUGUCGUUUUCUGCUGACGCACUUGCAACUGAGCCCUGCGACGUCAACCGCCGAUUCAGCAUAGUAUAGCUCCCUUCCUGAUGCAGCCUGGUAGCAACGUCACCAUCACCGCGCACCUCAUCCACCAGACCUUGGACCUUCAAUCAUCAACACCACCUCCACCGCUGUCACCCACUGCCGGCACUACUGGCUCUCUUGGAUCCGCAUUCUUCUAUUGCCUGCCCUGUGCAUCCGUUGCUCAACCGUGGUAUCAAUAUCCGCUUCCCCCAUCCCGAGAAAGAAAACGCCCAAUUUCAUCUCUUGUGUUAUCUCUCAUCCCGGAACAAACGAAAAACCUACCCAGCUUCCGUUCGUUCCUUCCCGUUAGGGCGGGCCGCGAGCAGGCCAGGACGAUCAGCAGCUUGCGCAUCGUGCUCGAGGGAAUCUGUUGGCUGUCUACCCGCCCAUUUUGAAGGAUCUCUAACACCCAGAAACUCUUUUGGUGGCUUAGCUUGGCAACCUGUCUCCUGCAGGAAGUAGGCGAUAUCACUGUUCUGCUCCCAACUCGGCAUUGGCGACACUCGAGACUGCCUUCUGCAGCUAUUUGGGCCCGAAGUAGUGUGAAGUGGUGUUACAUUGCUGUUCGCUCUUGCCAAACCUACAGAAUUGGUCUGGUUAUCCCGUGGUUCGACGUCUUCGGCUCCAGAGCUCCUCGACCUACUUGACCAUUAUCAAGGUCCCCAACACCAACACCGAACCAGGUUAUCCCGAGGAGCCAAACUUCAAUCAACGUUCUCGCCACAAUAGUCCGCGUGGCUUCAAAGAUAGCGCCAUAUUCUUUCUGUCGCGCCACCCAUUCGCCGGGAAGUGCCAGAAUCGGUCGCCUGUCUACGUAGUCAAAGAGUCAACAAGCAACGCUCUUUGGCUGGAUCGACCAAACGGACGGUGGCGGGAUCUACUACCACCCCACUUGUAUCUAUCCCACCUUGGGGGGCGAACCGGCUGGCCAUGUUAGGUAGCUUUGAGAACCACCUUGAAGAUCAAUAAGUUCGCGCCUUCAUAUGUACAUGAUCCUCCCAUGUAUCUAAUCGCCUAGUAACGCCUCUACCUACCUACCAAAAACUGCACAUCCACGGUUCCAGGCAAGGAACAACUUGGCAGGGACCUCAACCUUAUUCUUUGGACUCGCGGAUCUACGCUCGUCUCACCAUCUGCCAUCUAGGCCGGUCAGCCUCAAGGGAACACUAACUCCCUGGGCCUGCCAUCCACCUUUAUGAGCCAGCUACCUCUGUCGCAGCAGUUCGCGCCCGCGGGAGCCUCGCAUGGUCGGGUUAUCAGCAACGCGGACCAUGAGCUGAUUGUGAGGCAAAAGCCUCUGAAUGCGAAGGUCUUCAUUGGCAAGGAAAAGGAUCGGAAACCAAUAGAUCCGCCACCCAUCGUACAGCUCAAGAUCAGCGAGGCGGUUGAUCCCUCGCAGAACUUUCUUCAAAGCCCCUACUAUUUCAUCUCAACCUCACUGGUUGACGAUGAUGAGAACAAAUCGCCGGAGGAUCGCGAGGAGGUCAAGAACGCUUUGGCAGGCACGCUCGUUUCGUCCCUGCAUCGGCUGAAAGACAGCGAUAACAUUGACCGCGGGUUCUUUGUCUUCGGUGACCUCUCGGUCAAGAUAGAAGGCACCUUCAAGCUCCAAUUUACACUCUACGAGGUCCGAGAUAAGGAAGUGGAGUAUAUCACUUCCACCCUGUCAGAACCAUUCAAAGUCCAUCCAGCAAAGAACUGGCCUGGCAUGGCCGAAUCGACCUUUCUGACGAGAUCCUUCAGUGACCAGGGCGUGCGAUUGAGGUUACGAAAAGAGCCCCGGUUUCGACUGAGCACGAGAGGUCCAGGCUCUGAUAACUACGAACCUCGCCACUAUAAUACAAGUCGCCGGCGGCAGAGCAAGCAGAUGGAAGCUGCCAAUGCCCAAGAAGGAGCUCAACUCCCAAUAACGCCCAUAACACCCCAAUCUCAAGUGGCGAUCGGCGCAUCGAGGACAGCAAAAAUAGAACCACCUGAUACUACAGGCCUUGGUUCCUUAUCUUCCCAGGGCGGGAUGUAUCCUAUGGAUAACAGGAAACGCGGCUUCUCGCAAACAUCUCAGGCUAGCUUAUAUGGAGGGCCUGCAGAUGAAUCUGCAGCGAAGCGCGCAAGGCAGGAGAUGGAUGAAGCUGCCCAGCUACCCUUCACCGGACAACCGCAGUUUGCGGGGGGCCAAGGGAUGGGUUACGGCGGACAACAAUUCUCAGACCCAUUUCAAGUCCAACAACCUCUGAUGUAUCAACAAAACCCCCAACAACCAAUGCAAACCUUUGACCAGUUCAGCCCGACAUACAUGGCGCCAAGUCCCCAGCAAAGAAUCAACAGAGGAGACCAACAGCAACAAGGCUAUUUCAGCCCGCGCCGCGGCAACGUCGAACCCUUCCAAGCACCCUCACCCUACCAAUCACCCACCUCCCGCCUCCCCCAAACCACACAAUUCCAGCGCUCCCCUGCCCAAAACGCAUUCCAAUACAACCAACCCAUGCAACCGCCCCCCAUGCAAGCACCCUACGGCAUGCAACCCCCGCCCCAACAACAGCAAUACGCCCCGCAACCCGACCUCCUCAUGCAACCUAUGCCACCGAACCGCUCCCCAGGCGGCUUGGGGAUGUACCAGCAGCCUGGCCCGGAACUGGAUCCGUUGCUGGGGGCGCCGCCGAAGGGGGGAGAUAUUCUGGCGGGGCAGGGAGGGAUGCAGCCGCCGGGGAUGUUUUAUGGCGGCAGGCAGCAGGGGCCAGGGAUGCAGCAGGUGAGGACGAGUCAGCAGAUGGGACCGUCGGGGCAGCAGAUGGGGACGGGUGGACAACAGAUGGGGCCCGGUGGACAGCAAGGGAUACCAGGGCAGCACCAGAUGGGAUCGGAUGGGCAGAAUAUGGGAACGGGACUUGACCUUGGUGAACGUUGAUCGUUCCUUUGCUGUUGAUGUUGUUGUGCUUUUAAUCCUUAAUUAUUAUUAAUAAUCUUACUUGAUUUGGGAUGGGGGGGAGAUGGCGAAGAAAGGUUACUACCUGGAACCCGGAACUAUACACGCAUGGAAACUCGAGCUGGCUAUUAUUCGCUAGUGCGGGCUGUUGCUGUUUUUUGGGGGGUGAGUGAAGAUUGGCGCGGUGGCGGGGGUUGCAGGUGUUGGGUGGACUUUGGGGAGGAGCCGUCAUCUCACCUCGGACCUUUCGAUCGACCAAGAGAGACUUGUUUGCCCCCGCUAUGUCCUCACGCGAAGCCUUCCUCGCCGACGUCCCCUCGCCUGAGGGGAAGUGUAUAAAUAUAAAUAUAAACCAAACCAUGGAUGGGCUGGGCUGGGCUGGGUUUUUGCUAAGUUGUGUGUAUAUGUGGCUCUAUGUCUGGGAGGAAUUGUAGUAUUAUUACAUUACUGUUAUUACUUGUAUGUCACCGGUACCGUACGGGGUGGAGGGGUAUAUCAAGUGUCCAGUCCAUGGGAAAAUGAAACAUUUAAAUUCAAGGG